AACAAAAACUAUGGUGUUCCAGUCGGUGAGUCGUCCAUGGCUAGAGUCUCCUCCAACUGGUGGAAGUGGAACCAUACCAAGACCGUACUUCUCCUCUGGCUCAUCUCCGCCACCGUCUUCUACACUCUCUUCAAAAUGGCCCUUCGCAAUGCCGAUCAUUCCUCUUCUUCAGAUUCUUCGGUUUCGUAUGCGGAGCAAAGGUCGAAAUUGUACGAUAAUAUGGCUAGGGAUUUGGAUGAGCACGGAGCAUUGUUUCUUAAAGGCGGUGAGACUUCUCAGUCUUUGUCGAUUUCCGAUAUUUUCACCAUAAAGGAUGGAUCUGUAGCUCCUGUGCUUAAGGCUGCAAAUCCUCCUGUUCGUGCUAAUGUUUUGUAUCUAGGGACAGAGUACUCUCAGCCAAUCUCGGAGGCUGUGAGACAAAUAUUUAAUCCGUACUUUGAUAAAGCUAUCUGGUUUCAGAACUCAAGUUUGUACCAUUUCAGCAUGUUUCAUGCCUCGCAUCAUAUUGUCCCUGUUCCUGCCACUGAGAAUGAGAAAGAAGUUGAAGCAAAUGCAGUUAGUAUGGUUGCUAAGGAACUCUGCCCUUUAAGAAUUGUCUUGGAUAGAGUGGUAUUAACUUCAACAGGUGUGCUGCUUGGAUGUUGGCAGGUAAUCUCUGGGCCAGAUCCAGUAACCAUUCGUUCGAAACUACGAACUGCUCUUCCACAUGCACCAGAGAAGCAACUUUAUGAUGCUGCAAUUCUUCACACAUCAUUUGCAAGACUUCUUGGUCGGCCAAAAGCAUCAACCAUGGAGCUGCGUAAGUCAGAUGAAAUCCAGUUCUUCCAUGAACUAGUUGCUCGCCUAAAUAAUCAGCUCCAUGGAUUUAAGGCAGUGGUUUCCGAGCUAUGGUAUGUGGAGGAAUACGAUGUCUUGGCACUUGCAUUGAAUGGAAGAAUGAAGGCUCACAGGUUCCAACAUGGCUGCAAGAAGACCUGAGGCUUCCAGGUUCAUUAUAACCUAAAACAUAUUCCACGAGGUUUAUAAUAUCUAUCACGAUGAAAAUUUGAUAAAAAUUUUCCUUUUCUUUUGUUGGGUAGAUUUUACACGCCGAACUUCUUUUUCUGUAAAUAAUGCUAAAAAAGAAAAGAAAAAAAUAUAGUGUGCUGAUAUUAUAAAAACUCCCCCAUUAAGUUAUGCUUUACGGUGCAUUACAAACUAGACACUAGAUAAAAAGUAUGUAGCAUAUCUAUGUAUUUUGCUUGUAUUAUUCUUCUGGAACUUUUUGUAUUGAGAAAGUGGGGGAAACUUAUUUGCGGCAAGUCAUAUUUUAUUGUUUGUGA